AUGGUGAAAACCAAACCCUUGAUGACGGAAUUCUCGGUGAAGUCUACCAUUAUUUCUCGUUACGCCUUCACUACGGUUUCCUGUAGAAUGCUGAAUAGAGCUUCCGAGGACCAGGAAAUUGAGUUUCAGAUGCAGAUUCCAGCUGCAGCUUUCAUCACCAACUUCACUUUGCUCAUUGGAGACAAGGUGUAUCAGGGAGAAAUUACAGGGAGAGAAAAGAAAAAUGGUGAUAAGGUAAAAGAGAAAAGGAAUAAAACCUCAGAAGAUAAUGGGGAGAAGGGGACCGAUAUGUUCAGAGCCUCUAUCGUGAUUCCCAGCAAGGACAAAGCUGCCUUCCUCCUCAGUUAUGAAGAACUCUUACAGAGGCGGCUGGGGAAGUAUGAGCACGUUAUCAGUGUGCGGCCCCAGCAGUUGGUGGGGAGGCUGAUGGUGGAAGUGAACAUUCUGGAGAGGUCCGGCAUCGAGUCCCUGGAGGUGCUACCCUUACAGCACAGCCAGCAGAAGGACAGUGGGAGAGGGAAAGGUGAGUGUGAUCGCCGGGUCUCCUGUGCUAACUCAGAGCGGGGCGUGGGCUUCAGAGAAAUCUAUAAGACAGAGGGCACCCCUUCAACAAAGGCUCCGAGAGCCGGCAAGAAUCUGAGAGGUAGCAACACAACAAAGACCAAGGAUGCCCUGUUCAGGAUUCUCCACGACCUCCGACCCCAGGAUCAUUUCAAUAUCAUUGGAUUUUCCAACCGCAUCAAAGUGUGGAAGGACCAUUUGGUGUCGGUGACUCCGGACAGUGUGAGAGACGGCAAAGUCUAUAUUCACCACAUGUCGCCCACUGGAGGCACAGACAUCAACGGGGCCCUGCAGAGGGGCAUCAAGCUGCUCAACGACUAUGUGGCCCACAACGACAUCGAAGACCACAGCGUGUCCCUCAUCAUCUUCCUGACCGAUGGGAAGCCCACCGUUGGGGAGACCCACACCCUCAAGAUUCUCAACAACACCAAGGAGGCCGCCCGAGGCCAAAUCUGCAUCUUCACCAUCGGCAUCGGGGAUGACGUGGACUUCAUGUUGCUGGAGAAACUGUCACUGGAGAACUGUGGCCUCACACGGCGAGUUCUUGAGGAGGACGACGCGGGCUCGCAGCUCAUCGGGUUCUACGAUGAGAUCAGGACCCCGCUGCUCUCGGACAUCCGCGUGGAUUAUCCGCCGGCCUCGGUGGAGCACGCCACCAGGACCGUGUUCCCCAACUACUUCAACGGCUCGGAGAUCGUCACCGCGGGGAAGCUGGCCGACAGCCAGGCGGGGCGGCUGCACGUGGAGGUCACGGCCAGCAACAGCCAGAGGUUCGUCCUCCUGAAGACCGACGUGCCCCUGGAGCCCCACCAGGCGGGCAGGGGCGGGGGCGCCGAGGGCCGCAACCACGUGGAGCGGCUCUGGAGCUACCUGACCCUGAAGGAGCUGCUGAGCUCCUGGCGCCACAGCGGCGACGAGCGGGAGAAGCAGCGCCUGGGGCAGAGCGCGCGGACUCUGGCCGUGGCCCGCGGCUUCCUCACGCCGCUCACCGCGCUGCACCUGAGGCGGCGGGCGCUGCAGACACAGCAGCUGGAGGACGCACGCG